AAUCAAUGCGCAGAAAAUUUAGAGAUACAAGCCAUUUUAAUGAACACGAAUCAAUUAAAUUUUUUCGCUGGUGAAUUUCAUUAGUUCUAGUAUUAAUGUUGCGCAAGAAAUAUGAAUAUUCUGCCAGUGAUUAUAUUAAAAUGCAAGAGACACGAGUCAAGUUUUGGAAUGAAAAAUACCGCAGUCUCCCUGGACGUGUUUCCCUAGCAACGAGAAAUGCAUACAAAACUAUAACCUGAGUUAAUUCUCAUGGAUAAACGUUAAUUAGUAAAUUUUCGACAAUGAAAAGUGACAAUGUGGAAAAUAUGCGAGGCGCAGCGGUAAAAAUGUCAAUUGAUGAGGAGAGGAAGAAAAAAAAUGAUAUGGAAGAAUCCCGGGAGCGUUCCAUCAUUAUUAUUGGAAGUAAAAGAGUUGGAAAAACAACAAUGGUCUAUAGAUUUCUGGAGAAAGAUGAGACUGCCAAGCCGACAAUUGCUAUGGAUUACUCAUAUGGAAGAAAAGCUGGCAAGAGUUUGAUGCGAGACAUUGUUCACAUAUGGGAAAUUGGUCAUCUCACAUCAUCCCUAAUAUCGGCGGCAGUGACUGGGGCUUCACUGACGCAUUCUCCUCAUCACAUUACCCUUAUGGUGAUCCUUGACCUGACUUCUCCAAGUACCCUAUGGUCAACCCUCGAGGAAAGUUUGGCAGCUGCUAGGAGUGCUAUGAAAAUGAGUUUAACUCAACAAAUUAUCGAGGAAAUGAAGCAACGGCGGAUUAAGGAGUUUCACAAUUACACAGAGAAACAGAUUGAUCUAUUUCCAAUGAAACUCUGCAUUGUCGGUGGAAAGUACGAUGAGUUUAAGGAUUACGACUUGGGAAAGAAGCAAAUGAUUGGAAAAACUCUCAGAGCGGUUGCUUGCAAUCUUGGGGCUGAUCUUCAGUAUUAUUCGUCCAAGGAUAGCGGACUUGUUAGGAAGAUGAAGGAUUUACUCAGCUGGCAUGGAUUUUCUAAUCAUCCAAUGAAAGGGAUUUGUAGUGAUUUAGAUAAGGCCCUGUUGAUUCCGGCAGGAACCGAUUCAUUCACUGCAAUAGAUUUGAAAUAUUCGGCGACACACUCAACCUCAAUCUUAGAGACAAUCAAGCAGGGCUAUCUGGUCGAAUUCCCUACGAGGGUGGGAGACAGCGAUGUAGACCUUGAGGAUCCAGCUAAUGAUCCAAACUUCAACGAGGCCAUAAUCGAUCGGCUAAAGUCACAGAGAGAAGAGGAAAUUGCUGUAAACCUCCGAGAUAUAAUGGAAGGUCGUUCUCCAAAAAUAAUAAUACCUGAUCCUUAUUAACACCGAUGAAACAAUAAUAAUUCAUGCAAUAUGUAAUGCAUUUGUUGAUACUAUGAAAAAUAGAAUAAAUUGGAGAAAUGAAAAAAAAUGAUUGUAGUAAGUAAACGGGAAAUAACGGUUGUCACCUUGUCCAAUGUGUUGUCACUUGUGGGGAUAUUGUCCAGCGGAAUUGAGUGGUGAUAAAAUAUUGAGGGU